AUGACUGAGAAGGAGACCAGAUACUCGGUGGGGCUGAGCUCGGUGAUCAACGGCGUGGUCCAUAUUCCGACGGAGUUAGGGUAUCAUAGUAGUAAUGACGACGACGGCGCAGUAGAAGAAGAAGAAGAAUCCGGCAAGCCCUUUCGCUACCGGGCGUUUGACCAUUUUGGGUUACUUCAAUUCAUCCGAUCAGGAGAGGCCAAAAACUACGAUUCUGCCAUUCAAGACUACUGCGGAGUUGUAUGA